UUUGAUCUUUCAGCUCAGAUAUCGCGCAUAUCAGACAGACAUUGCCAGUCUAUUUAAACUGGGAAGAACUGAAACGAACGAGUACAAAGUAGGAUUACUUGACACAGCUAAGUAUAACAUUUUUUAAAACAUUUGUAAUAAGUUCUUUAAAAUCUUAUUGCACAAAUAUCAUUAAAUGAUUUUAAUCCUUUGAAUGACCGAUACUGGAGAAAUGAAUAAAAAACCUAUGACUGGAUACUAUAUAUAGAAGGUUAACUUGAUUCUACAUGUAUGUAUUUGAUAAACUACUUUCUAUGUGUAUCUUUAUUAAUCAAUAUAAGCAGCGAUUUUAUCUAUAAAUAAUGUUCUCCAUUGAGUUUAUCUUUUUAUGGUCUAUUUUGUUUUAUGUUUACUUCUUGUGUACCUUCUGUGUUGUAUUGAACUUUAAAAAUAUAAUGUAACACUCAGGUGUUUUAGUGAAUGAAAUGGAUUGAAGUCGACCUGAAAAGUAUAUGUUUUAUAACACUCAUUGAUCAACACUCCUGCCUUGUUUUCAUGAUAUCAGACUAGGGGUCCCUACUGAAGUCCAAUUCUACUUGAAAGGAAGUCUAUUUCUUGAAAAAAAUAGAAUUAAAUCUUUAUUGAAUAAAUUGUUGUAUUUUUUGUAUGUAGAAGUAUUGGUGAUGAAGACUAUGGAAUAAAACUAUGGCGUCGAGAACCGAUUAUCGUACUUACAAUGAGUGGGUGUUUUCUUUACCGAAACAAUGGAGACAAUACACAUCUUCAGUUUUAAGAAAAGAUAUUGACUGGUUUCAAUCUCUACUGAGAGCUUAUGACCUGCAUGUGGAACUAUUUUUGGAUACACUCACAAAAUCAAGUCGGGAAAGAACGCAAAUCAUAUUUCCAAGUGAUACUGAUGAUGAAACCUUUGACAAUUUUGUUUUGAGAAAACAUUGUAAAAAUUUCCAAUGUUCACCAACUCCAAAACAAUUAAAAGGAAAAGAAAAAGAAGUGAACAGAAGAGGAAGAGAAAAUCUGGGAAAUAUGAAGAAAACAGAUUUUGUUUUGAGGACAGAUGGCCAAGGAAGGAGAUACUAUCUAAAAGUCGCUCAGUAUGAAACCAAACAUCACAGAGGAAGUGAUGUAAAUGCCUUUAAUGCAUCUUCAGCAAGAAUAUAUGAGAUACCAGGUGAUGAGAAGAGUCCCGUGUCUAGUCUCGAGAAAUACCUCGGAAAGCUGAAUCCACACUGUGAAAGUUUUUGGCAGAGACUGAAGCGCAAUACUAACGAUUCAGAUGCUGUUUUAGAGCUGUGUGAUUGCAUUGCAAAGUGCCUGGAAAAGAAAAUGGUUUUGAUAAAACUGGGCCAAAUGUCUUUAGAAAACAAGAGCUGGCAGUCUGAUAUGCAGACGGCUAUUGCUGAAAAACUUGAAGCGCAAAAAUUGCUGGAAGACAACAAAGUGGAAACUUUGCGCUUUAAAGACCAAGUGGAGAAACUAACUAAAAUAGUUAGAGACAUUAAGAUGGAAAUAACACAAGAAAGGGAACGAUCAUCGAAAAUGUCACUUAAAUUGCAAGAAAUAACUAAAGAUAAAGAAGAUCUCUUGAUACGGUUAAGCAAGAUAGCUGGAUCUAAAUUGACGUCGAACAACCCUGAUAUAGCGGACCUGAGUGACGACAACCGACCGACCAAACUUGCGGAAAAAUUUGGUCAGUUAUAUGAUGACGCGUGGACAGAUUCUUUGGAGGAGUUAACGGAUGUGGAAACGAAGCUGGAUGAAGGAGUGGCGAUAGGCUUCCUGCUCCAAAUCAUCCUGGCAGCGUACCAGUUCUGUCGUAGUCCCCGCUCCAUGUUUCUUGACCUCACGGACUGUCAAACAAUUAUGACAUGUGCAAACUUGAAAGACAUGAAAGUCCUCAUUAAAAUCACAGAAUCGUCAAAAGUGGACAUACAACCGAGGAUGAAAAUGAGUCUACACGCUAAGGAAACUGUUUCUGAGAUGCAAAAGAAUUUUUUUGGUAUCCUCAAAGGUAUUUUCAAUGAUAUAAAAAGGACGAACAAAUUUCGUCCGUCCGUAUCUGACGAAUUAAACACAAAUUCAUGGGAAGUGGACGAGGUUAAAGAAACCAAUCCUUUGGACAAUCAUUUUACAACAAACGUGUAUAAAAAGGACGUUAUCAAUGUAUUGCAGCGUUCUAAAGAAGAACCAGCUAAUAUGUUAAGACACACAGAAUUUAGUAUAUGUAAAAAGUUAUCAAACUCCGCAAAAGGUGACUUUUUGCAACCACGAUGCAAAACUAACCCCCAAGACGGAUUUGCACUGAAGAAAGAAGAAAUGCAGACAAUGCUUACAUUUCCUUUUAAAAGUAAAGCAGAGUCGGCAGGUCCUAAAACCAGAUUUCCAAAAACGACUCACUUUGCCGAGCGCUGUGUGGAGUUAUGUUGGUUUAUGCAGACAACUCAGCCACCGAUACAUCUCAGUGCUCGUAUUCCGAACGAUGGGAGGAUGAACAAUGAUAUAUUUAGAGCGUACAUGAAAUCGGGAACGGAAGUAGAUUACAUUGUAUGGCCUGCCAUGUAUUUGCAUGAAAAUGGACCUCUGUUGUCCAAAGGUAUCGCUCAGCCAAAAUGAAUUGAUGCGUUUCACAGGAGAUAUGUUUGGUUAUCUGUAACUUUAAAAUAUCUGUGAUUAUCUUGUUAAUUUCAAAGCUUAAACUUUGUUAAUCUUUAAAAAUUGAAAUGUUUUGUUAUGAAAUUGUUAUUAAUAUCUGAUUUGUUUUAUGUAUUUGAAUUCAUAAGCCGUUAGGUGUACGCAAUGCCAAUUUGCUAAACUACCGCACUGUAAAUCUAUACACCAACUUCUGUAAAUUAACCGAUUUGAUAUAACUCUUCUCAUAAGCAUAUUUAUAAAAGUAAAUUUAACUUAAUGUUGUUCUUAUGAUACAAAGUCACAACUUGUCAAAUCAUUUAAGAUAAAUAUAUUAUUUCGAAAUUCCCAUUCCAACUGCACUUCUUCAAAAACCUAUUCAAUAAUAUAUUCAUUCAAAAUCAUAUCUGCAAGUCACUUAUUUAAGUAGUCACAUUAAAAUAAGGUUGAUAUUGACUCUCGUCUGAUUACCAGUUACUCAUAAAUAAUAAGAGCAUUUAAGAAAACGAAUUUAUCAAAACUUAUCCUGCAUUUUAAAAAUAAUAUACAUGUAUCACGUGGUUGUUGUGAUAAUACAGAAUAUUGAAGUAAACCCGAUAGUGCAAACCUUAGUUAAAACACUAAGAACAAACCAUUUGUGGGGAUUGAUUUUAAUCAACUCUUCUAAGCAGUUACUUUGGCGAACCGGAAGUGAAACAGUGUUCGGAGCUAAGCACAAACUGUCAUCUCUGACAAGACAUAGUACUUGAAAAUAAUCGAUAAAAUCGAUGUUAUAUAUUCAGAGGCAUUGUUUUCAAAGGAAACUUAUCUAUAAUCCAUCUAUAGAUCUAUCUUAUCUAUAGUUACGUUGAAAUGAGUCCGAUUUUAAAUGGUACGAACAAUUUAGAUAUACUUUGUAGUCUUGUGUAUUCCUACGCCAGAGUUCAGUAUUAUUUGCAUACAAUUAUUUAAAAAUAUUUCGAUUACUAACACAUAUAAUUCAUCGUAGAGUUUGAUUAAUUUCUCUCUCUAAAUAAUAAAAAAAAAACCAUUUUCUCUUUAAAUACUACACAACAUUUUUUUUUUUCGUUUAUAGUUCGAAAAAAUUCUUGUCGGGAAAAGCCUAAUAAUCCAUAUUAGAAAAAAUGUGCGUAUUUAUUCAAAUACAGUUAAGAAACUACAUGUACUUGCUAUGCGAAAUUAGGUAUCGUUGAUUUUAAAAUAAAUACUAAUUCCAAAAAAUUUACUCCUGUCAGUACUUCAGUACUUUGAUUAUUAAAUGUUGUCAACAGAAUUUGAAUUUGAACUUAUAAUAUUUGAUAAUUACACAAACAAAAUCAUUUUGUUAUAUUUUGUAAUAUUAAUGAAUCGCUACCAGUUUUAUUUUGUUACCAUGAAUUGGAUGGAUUGGAUGGAUUGUUUCAUGCGGUUUGAUAUUGAAAUACGUUUUAAUGUUUGUUUUAAUAUAUUAUCAACAACUCAAACAAAUUAGAGAAAACCAAGAAAAAAAUAAUAUAAACUGUAUUUUUAUCGUAUACAUUUGUUUGUAUUGUUAAGCACAAAAAAAUAAUGACACAAAGCACAAGAUAGUUAGUGAGGUACUAAAUGAUAUACCGCUUGGAAUAUGCCGAAGGAGUUGAUGCACUUCUCUUAGCUUUGCUUUACGAUACUUAUUCUGAUAUCUGUUCAUGUGUGUUAAUUUAAAACUCAUCGUUACCAAAUUUGAACAGCAGUGUUACCGUGAAAGUGUAGAGGCCUAUAUGUUCGUUAUAAUUAUUCCUGGUAUUGGAAUAGCAAGCCUCGCCGUAAAUAUUGAUAAGCAGACGAAAUCGUAAAAAGACGCUUAAUUUCCUAUUUCGUGAACUAAAUAAUGUGUAUUGUUUAUUUUUGAAGGUUAAACUUUCAAUUUUUUAUGUUUAUGAAGUUGUAUUUUGUUUGCUGACAAUUAAACAGACACAAUUUUACAUUUCGUUGACAGUGUUUAUUUUGGGAAUUUCUGUUCUAUAAAUAGUGUUAAAUCAGAACAGUUGAGAAAAGUGGAUCCGGCAAAAAUUUUAUUGAUGCAGGUAUCAAAGAAAUUUUUCGACCAAUCAGAAGCGCCGAUAUCUCAUCAAACGAAUAAAUAUUAAAUGAUUUAUGAUUAAAAGACAUCGUUUUUAUUCACAUUAUGUCUGAAAAACUAUCAAAAUUGGUGUAGAAAGCAUACAAUUUAUAAUAAGAAAGGGAUGCAAAAUGUAGUCACAGCAUAUCAUCCUAUCAAUUUUUCUGUACAAGGAUUUGAUAUUAAUUUCAGCCUCAAUCAUAUAAUUAUAGGCAAGAUACAGAGCUCACAAUUCUGCUAAGUUUGAGUCAUGUUUUGUACACAUGAGUUUUACAUUCAAAUAAAGAUUUUUAAACUUGGACUUUCUUUUUCAGCAUUUAAAGUGUAAACGAACAAAGCAGUUAAAAAGCAAGGCCUCAGCUGU